UUCGACAGCUGGAUAGGCUGCUGGGCUGUUUUCUGCGGAGAAGGACCUGUUACUCAGUUCAUGCUGCUUGUUAAAUUGCGUCCCGGUGAUGCACAGGUGAUCUCGUGGCUUUUGGGAAUACCAUAUAGCUUUUAAAUAUUUAAUUCCCGCUGCAUUUGCGGUUAUGGCGCGAGACCGAGCCCCUCAGCGCGUGCUUCAGUAUCAACAAACUCUGAUGUAUGGACGCUAUACACAGGAGUUGGGGGCCUAUGCCAAAGAGGAGGCAGCUCGUCUGCGUGAGGAUGGAGCGCUGCGGAGGACCACCAGUGUGCGCGGCCAGGCUCCAGAACUGCUGGAGUAUGAGAAGAACCCGUGUGCCAAGUGUCAAGUCUGUACGUCACGGUGUCAGAAGUUCUUGAUUUCCCGUGUGGGUGAAGACUGGAUCUUUCUCAUCCUCCUGGGGCUUCUCAUGGCAUUGGUCAGCUGGGCCAUGGACUACACUAUUGCCUUCUGCCAGCAAGCAGGAUAUCGUCAUCAUGUGUAUUCUGGGAUGGAAGCACAGAAGUGGAUGUAUGGUGGUCUGCAUAGUAACAUGAUGCUGCAGUACCUGGCCUGGGUCACUUACCCAGUGGUUCUCAUCACCUUCUCCGCCGGCUUCACACAGAUAUUGGCGCCACAGGCAGUGGGCUCUGGGAUCCCAGAGAUGAAGACCAUUCUCCGAGGUGUGGUGCUGAAAGAGUACCUCACUUUCAAAACCUUCGUCGCCAAAGUGAUUGGCUUAACUUGUGCCCUUGGAAGUGGCAUGCCUCUGGGCAAAGAGGGACCAUUUGUUCAUGUUGCCAGUCUGUGUGCUGCUCUGUUGAGCAAAUUCAUGGCCUUGUUUGGAGGUAUCUACAUGAACGAGCUGAGGAACACAGAGAUGCUGUCAGCCGCCUGUGCAGUGGGGGUGGGCUGUUGCUUUGCUGCCCCUAUUGGAGGAGUGCUGUUUAGUAUUGAGGUCACAUCUACGUUCUUUGCCGUGAGGAACUACUGGAGAGGAUUCUUCGCUGCAACCUUCAGUGCCUUUAUCUUCAGGGUGCUGGCGGUGUGGAAUCAGGAUGAGGAGACGAUCACGGCUCUCUUUAAAACUCGCUUUCGGCUGGACUUUCCCUUUGACCUACAAGAGCUUCCAGCUUUUGCUGUGCUCGGGAUUGCCAGUGGUUUUGGAGGGGCGUUGUAUGUCUACCUGAACAGGAUCAUAGUGGAGUCUAUGAGAAAACAGAAAACCAUCAACAAGUUUUUGCUAAAAAAAAGACUAGUGUAUCCAGCAGUGGUCACUCUUCUUAUCUCUACACUCACCUUUCCUCCAGGGUUUGGACAGUUUAUGGCAGGCCAGCUGACUCAACAUGAGUCACUAGUGGCACUGUUUGACAACCAAACCUGGUACAAGCAAGGUGUUGCUGAGGAGUUUAUGUACUCAAGUCAUGUACCUCAGGCCUGGAAGCACCCACAAGUCAGUGUGUUCAUCACACUUCUCCUCUUCAUUGUCAUGAAGUUCUGGAUGUCAGCUGUGGCCACAACAAUGCCUGUGCCUUGCGGGGCCUUCAUGCCGGUUUUCCUCAUUGGGGCUGCGUUCGGUCGACUGGUCGGCGAGAGCAUGGCAGCCUUCUUCCCCGAAGGAAUACACGCCGACAGCACUGUAUAUCCCAUAGUUCCCGGCGGGUACGCAGUUGUAGGGGCGGCGGCUCUUUCUGGCGCAGUCACUCACACCGUGUCCACCGCCGUCAUUGUGUUCGAGCUGACCGGUCAAAUCUCACACAUCCUGCCCGUGAUGAUCGCUGUGAUAUUGGCCAAUGCCGUGGCUCAGAGUCUGCAGCCUUCCCUCUAUGAUUCCAUCAUCCGGAUCCAGAAACUUCCCUACCUGCCAGAGCUGGGCUGGGGACAGGAGAAGUAUAAUAUCCGUGUGGAGGACAUAAUGGUGAGAGACGUGCGGUAUAUCACUCUCUCGUCCUCUUACCGGGAUCUGCAGGAAGCUCUCAUAACAGGCCAGCUUAAAACCCUGGCCUUGGUGGAGUCCAAAGAGUCCAUGAUCCUGCUGGGCUCUAUGGAGCGCUCCCAGCUGCAGUCCCUGCUCUCGCAGCAGCUCAGCCGAGCUCGCAGGCUGGAGUACUUGAGAGAACGCGCUCAGGACAAUGGCACCCAUGUGCCCACCUUCCCCCAAGACUCUCCCCCCAGGACUGGUCAUGGUGUACGUUUCCUGAUCUCCACUGAAGAGUCCUCCUACAGCCCCACACUGACUAACUCCCAGAUCCCCCUCAAGUCUGCUCUGAAGACGGUGUCUGCAAUCAGCAACACAGAGUCACUGAACAGCUCUCCAAACCUCUCCUCUGGCGAACCUGUGAAGGAGCUAGUAGAGAGCAAUGCUGGCCCCAUGGCUCCUAAGAGGAGCAGGAGGCCCAAGCGUGUGAAGAUACCCAUGGCGGAUACACCUGAUGUUGAAGAUGACAUGUCAACAGCAGAGAUAGCAGAGUGGGAGGAGCAACAGUUGGAUGAGGCUGUUAAUUUCAACAACUGUAAAAUAGACCCCGCCCCCUUUCAGCUGGUGGAACGGACAUCUUUACAUAAGACACACACCAUUUUCUCACUGCUUGGCCUGGAUCAUACCUAUGUCACCAGCACCGGACGUCUUGUAGGGGUGGUCUCUCUAAAAGAGCUGCGUAAGGCCAUCGAGGGCUCUGUAACCGUGACCGGCGUGAAAGUCCGUCCCCCGCUGGCCAGCUUCCGCGACAGCGGCAACAGCAGCAGCGUCUCAGAGGUCACCGAGCUCCACAAGCUCUGGAGUCGUCACAGGAGCCUGUCGCUACCACGGGAACCUAACCUCCCCGACCUGGACGACCAAACGGAGCAGCCGUCCGAGGGCAGCCUGGUGAACGAGACCGAGUGCACAGAACUGUCCAGUCAGAACAGUCCAUUACACACAGACGACCAAACAGAGCUGCCCUACGCCGAUGCCACACCCCAAGAGGAGCACCUCGCGCAGCUCCCCUGUGACUGUACCCACCCUCUGGAGGACGGAGGCUCGGAGGCCGUCGGCGAGCAGAGCCCAGCUCCGGUGGAGGAAGCAGUGAGCAAGGGAAGCCCCUCACCCUCAAAGGGUCAGCCGGAAUGACAGCUGCUUGCGGUCGGCAACGCACACUCCAUUUACACCAUAAACGGGAUUGUGAAGUCAGGUUGAGGAGAACCUGGAGGAAGUCUUUAAGCAGUGAAGCACACUCUCUGCUCCGUACUAAUCAAACCAACCCUAAUCUCUGGUCCUGCCUUCACACGAAACACGCCGUGUGGGAUGUCAUAGAUACGCGCUGCAGUGUGAGUGCCGUGUGGCUUCGGAUGGGCUUGUGAGCGAUCGUCUGUAUAUUCCUCAUAAAUUUGGAUGUCUGUUGAUUUGUGGCUUCAUAGCGCGUUACAGUGUUGAUUUAUGUUGAUGAGAUUCAUUUAAAGAAGUUUAUGUUCGAUGAUGUCGCGGCGGGUUUUCAUCAUAAACGUGUUUGUUCAUUGAUUUGUGGCACGCUUGUGUGUGUGUUUCAUCGUCUUUGCGCAAGCGACAGAGUGUGCGUAAGAAAAGCCGAGUAUGUGUGCGAGAGUGACUCAGCUGCACCUAGCCAACGCACCCAUCUGGUGCCGACACUUUAAAUCCAAAUAAAAUUGUCUCUGAGAGCCAAACUACAAUUUUGCUCUAAAUAUAGCCCUUAAUUACCCACACUGCAAGGAAACAUGGAGGGAGAGAGCGGGGGAAAGAAAGGGAACGGGUGGGCAAAAGAGGACACUGAGAGAACAAGGACAUGAUGCAAAAUGAGCAAAAGACAGGAAGGACACAGGAACAAGAGUCGUGGAAAGGCAGGAGAAUGAAUGGGAGAGUGGGGUAAACUGUGCCGCUUUUUACUUAGAUUGUCAAGCAGGCAAGAAGAACUAAAUCACCAGGGAACUGAAUAUACCUGAUUAUAUUUCAGAACAGAUAAAGGCACAGAAAUACGACUUUUUAGGAAAAAUGGCCACAUUAGGGGUAAGACGUGCCAUGGAUGUUGAGUCAUUAGGGAAUAUCUAAACUAUUUCAGGUAAAAUAUGAACAUUUAAUGAACAUUAGUCUUAUAUUUUGAUGCUCAAUAUUCACAUCUUAACCAACCAGGAAAAAUCCAGUGUAUUUGCAUGUACUGUAACAAUUUUCAAAAUUUUUUGAUGCAAGUAUACAUAUUAUUUUUCCUGCAUUUGAAUUUGCAUCUGACACACUUUUUUUUGUUUUUUGGGAAAACAAAAUAUUAAUUUCUGAUUUCAUUGCUAAAUGUAUUUAUUUAUUUAUUCAUGAUGCGAUUUAACAAUUCAUAGCAUCUUUUGUUUUCUACACUGGCAAUUCACCAAAAUGCAUGAUAAACAUUUUUCGACAUGGAUAAAUUUGUUUUGACAUCAAACUCAUUUUACCUACCAUGCGGAAAAUUUACUUUGACAUGCUUUUUUUUUUUUUCACACACCAAAAUUGACAUUGUGAUUCACAGGCAGCUGAAUACAACAGACCUUUUUUAAAACAUGGUCAUUUGACAAAAAUCAUCCAGGUUGCUAGAUUACAGGGAUGGCAUAUCUUACCCCACUCUCCCCUACAAAACCAACAGCGACUCAUGCAGAGGAGUUUCCAGCCAGGGUAGUUUUGAAGCACAUUGUAAUUACCAUUCAAACAAAACACAGCAAUACCCAGGCGUUUUCCAUACUGACAGCAUCAGAAAAAAACUCCUUUAACAAAGCAUCGUUGAGCACACGGUUUGGAUGGUGUUGCCUGUAAUUACGAGUAAUGAUAUCCCACAAUAUGUAGGCACGUUAAGCAUGCGCAGAUCUGUUUCAGGACCAGUUUGUAGCAUAGCUGCCUGGCCAUUUAAAAUGUAUUAAAGCAUCUUCCCUAACAGCUCGAAAUACUCAGAGACUCCAAGUGGAGAAACGGAGCCUCUUCAGUUCUUUAAUUAUAUGCAUGAACCCCGAUGCAAUCAUUCGCAUGCUCACACACGCGCAUAAACAAUACGCUUUCCAGCCAGCUUAAAUAGACUGCAUAGGCCUGUUUCACGUUACUUCAUCAGGUUUACUUCCACGGCCUUUUGCUUUUUCUUCAAGGCCAGAUUUGUUCAGAAAUUCAAUGCGCAAUACUUUUCACACAUGCUCACGAUAUGUCACAGAUUUGGACGGCAGUGUAGAUUGAGGGACGUUUUUCGACUGCGUUAGAGCCAGCCUUUGUAUAAAUACCAUUGCAGGGAGUUUAUGGUCACUGUGCAGAUCUCAUCCAGCAAUCAUCAAAGUAUUAAAAUGUAAUUCCUUACAACAAUGGAUAUUCUGUGUACCUGCGAUCGUGUCUUAUCUGAAUUGUUUGCAUAUGCGCAAAGCUUUUUACAUUUGAUUUUGAGCUGCUAACUGUGCAAUAAUGUCGUAUUAGAAUUACUGCUUGCCAAAUAGGGUUAUUUUACUGAACGCUGGCUCGAUUUCUACAGUGCAUAUUAUUUUGAAACUGUUGGCAAUAAUGCACAUCAUGAACAGGACAUGCGUUGAAAGGUAAAUGCCUUCAGAUUUUGUUUACUGGACCUCGGCGGUGGAGUUUUCACUAGUAUCAGCCUGAGAAUGAUGCAUAAUGUUCUGUUUGCAUCAAAACUGUGGCUGAACGACGCUAUGCAGUAUGGUCCAGAACAGCACAACUACCCCCAGACACAGCCUAAGCAGAGCGUCUCUUGUUCUUGUGCACUGCAGAAAUGGGAGGCUACGGGUUUGAUUUAAACGGAUCAAGGCAAGUGGACCAAAACCAUAACCAUGACACUGACUUCCUGACACAGCCUAUUCUCAUUCGCUCAGAAACGACGAGCCACACGACUGAAAUGUUUCCUCGCCAUUCAUCCGGCUGCACUAAUCAGCUGUUUUAUUAAUGUUUGUUAUGAAAUCCAAUCCUGACGUGGGACAGGAGUAACUUAAGCUAAUGAUGAUCUUUAGAUAUGUUGUGUCACGUUUUGUCUCUGUUUGCCGCUUGUGCAGUUUAAGUCAAGCCCACGGUGUGUAAAGUGUCUGCUAAUAUGCCGCACAUUCAGUGUAGAGUUAAGCAAUAAGUCUGCUCCCAUAUCCGUAAAUGGUUUUUAUAAAUCAUUUGCUUGUACAGAAUACAGGGUAAAGCGGUAUGUAUAUGAACUCUACUCACAUACCCUGUACAUAUAGAGAUAAGCAUAUUGAAUCAGCUGUUACCAUUAUUUUUCAGAAAACAUGGAAUUGUUUUGUACAUCAGUAAAUAUUAAA